CAUUUACCAUUACCUUUGAGCAUCUUCGAUCCUGUCUGUAACGCCAAUAUGUCUCCUCACGCCGAGGUGCAAGUUGGAGCUACCAACGGACACGGCAAUGACACUCAUCGAGCUGCUACCGUGCAACCUGUUUCUGCCAAGGAGGUCUUCGUCGUGGAGUCGCCGAACGUGGUCUAUACGGAGCAUGAAAUCCGCUCCAAGUACACCUACCGCACUACCAUGGUGGCCAAGGGUGAUGAUGGCGGAUACAUUGCUCGGCCUAAGCAGACGGCCUACGACUUCAAGGUGGAUCGGAAGGUGCCCAAGGUCGGCGUGAUGCUGGUCGGAUGGGGAGGCAACAACGGGUCAACCGUCACGGCCGCAGUCAUUGCAAACCGCCAUGGGCUCUCCUGGGAGACCCGUGAAGGCGUCCAGAAGCCCAACUUCUAUGGAUCGCUGGUCAUGGGCUCGACCAUGAAGCUUGGCACGGAUGUCAAAACGCUCAAGGAUGUCAACAUCCCUUUCCACAACGUGCUGCCCAUGGUUCACCCGAACGACCUUGUCAUUGGCGGCUGGGACAUCAGCGGCAUGAACCUGGCUGAUGCCAUGGAUCGGGCUGGCGUCCUUGAGCCUUCACUGAAGAUGCAGGUGCGCAAGGAGAUGGCAUCGAUGAAGCCGCUGCCCAGCAUCUACUAUCCCGACUUUAUAGCUGCCAACCAGGACUCACGUGCGGACAACGUGCUACCUGGCUCCAAGGCAUGCAACGGGCAUGUUGAUCAGCUUCGCAGAGACAUUCGUGACUUCAAGGCGAAGAAUGGGCUCGACAAAGUCAUUGUGUUGUGGACUGCCAACACUGAACGCUACGCUUCCGCAUUGGAUGGAGUCAAUGACACUGCUGACAACCUCCUCAAGUCGAUCGAGGCUGGAGAGCUAGAGGUCUCUCCCUCUACUGUUUUUGCGGUUGCCAGCAUUCUGGAAGGUGCCCCGUUCAUAAAUGGCUCCCCACAGAACACGUUCGUCAAGGGAGUUAUCGAACUUGCGGGGAUUCACAAGGUCUUCAUCGGCGGCGAUGACUUCAAGUCUGGACAGACCAAGAUGAAGUCUGCGUUGGUCGACUUUCUGAUCAGUGCUGGCAUCAAACUCAACUCUAUCGCCUCGUACAAUCAUCUUGGAAACAAUGAUGGCAAGAACCUGAGCUCUUACAAGCAGUUCCGCUCUAAAGAGAUCUCCAAGUCCACCGUUGUUGACGACAUGGUGGAGGCGAACAAUGUGCUGUACAAGCCAGGUGAGCAGCCUGACCAUGCUGUGGUUAUCAAGUACAUGCCGGCCGUUGGGGACAGUAAGCGCGCGUUGGACGAGUACUAUGGUGAAAUCUUUAUGGGUGGACGCCAGACAAUUUCACUCUUCAAUGUCUGCGAAGAUUCCCUUCUGGCGUCCCCGCUCAUCAUUGACCUUGUGCUCGUCACCGAGAUGAUGUCUCGAAUCCAGUGGAAGACGGCAUCGGAUCCCGAAGACGGCUUCAGAAACUUCCACAGUGUGCUGUCCGUCCUGAGCUACAUGCUCAAGGCGCCGUUGACCCCGCCUGGUACGCCCGUCGUCAACGCCUUGGCCAAGCAGCGCGCUGCUCUGACCAACAUCUUCCGGGCGUGCCUCGGCCUGGACCCUGAAUCGGACAUGACUCUGGAGCACAAGCUUAUUUAA